ACCCCCAGGCUUCCCAAAAAAUGCUUGAACUUGACGGUUUCGCGGUAAGUCAGGACUUAGUGCCUGCCGCACCCAUCAAAUCUGCUGGGGUCUCCAAAGUCGAUUUUGACGGCCUGUUAUCACCCCCACUAAGCCUGCAUGAAGAUCUGAAGAACGGUUGUGGUGGGCAGCUAUGGCCCGCAGGCAUGGUACUGAGCAAGUACAUGCUGCGGAAACACCGCGAUGACGUCGCUGGAAAAGAAAUCGUCGAACUCGGUGCAGGAGGAGGGCUAGUUGGCCUGGCUGUCGCAAUAGGUUGUAACGUGGACAAGCCAGUACACAUUACCGAUCAGAUACCCAUGUUUGACCUCAUGGAACGCAAUAUCGCUCUCAAUGGCCUGGAGUCACGUGUCAAGGCAUCAGUGUACGACUGGGGUGAACCAACGCCAUCGCAACUACCAUCUCACCCGGACAUCAUCCUCGCAGCCGACUGUGUGUACUUUGAACCGGCUUUCCCUCUCUUGCAGCAAACACUCAGGGAUCUGAUUGGCGAAAAUACCGUGUGCUACUUUUGCUUCAAGCGAAGAAGGCGAGCAGACCUUACCUUCAUGAAGACAGCGCGGAAAAUGUUCGAUGUGCAGGAGGUCGACGACGAUCCAGACAAAGAUGUCUACUCAAGAGAAAAGCUAUUCCUGUAUCGUAUAACGAAGAAGAAGGCUUGACGAACUAUGGUUGGGCAGUCCGCAAGGCCAAUGAGUGGAGAGGUGUUGAUGCACAACCAUUGCACUGGAUCGCAAACCUCAAUAAGAAAGACAUCUUUUGGCAAACGCCCUUUUGUAUUUCCAAUGUAGUACUUUAGAAAACUGACGUACUGGCGACCAG